ACAUAUGAUGAGGUAAAAGCAGAAUGCCUGGAAAAUAGAAGUUUGUUUGAAGAUCCAGACUUUCCCGCUAUAGACUCCAGUGCUUUUUUAACUGUAUCUAAACAAGAGAAGUUUGAAUGGCUGAGACCCAAGGACAUUCUUCUAAGAAGCGGAAAUGACGCAAAGCCUAAAUUCAUCUCACAGAAUGCCACAAGAUUUGAUAUCAAACAAGGAGCAUUAAGUGAUUGUUGGUUGUUGGCAGCCAUGGCAACCUUGACCCAGUUUCCUAAACUUUUUGACGUGGUCGUUCCCCCUAACCAAUCAUUUGACAAGGAUUACGCGGGAAUUUUCAAAUUCAAUUUUUGGGUCUUCGGUGAUUGGAUGGAAGUUUACGUCGAUGAUAGAAUUCCGACUAUAGAUGGCGAAGUUGUUUUUGUACAAUCAUCUGAUGAUACUGAGUUUUGGAGCGCGCUUUUUGAAAAAGCAUACGCCAAAUUAGUUGGAUCUUAUGAAGCGAUGGAAUGUGGAUUAAUGGGCGAAGCUUUUGAGGAUUUUACAGGUGGCAUAGCUGAAAUGUUCGAUCAUGCUGCAAAGCCACAAAAAAACUUGCUUGGUAUAAUGAUGAAGGCGUAUGAACGAAGUUCUCUUAUGGCAUGUGCUGCAACGGCGAGCGGUCUUCCUCCGAUGGGAUCAAUCUUACCGAAUGGACUUGUAACUGUACAUGCCUACAGUAUCACAUGUGUUAGAAUGAUGCCAAUCCAGCAACCCAAUGGUGAAAUAGUUGAAGUGCCUAUGAUAAGAUUACGCAACCCUUGGGGUACGGAGCAUGAAUGGAAUGGAAAAUGGAGCGAUAAGUCUGAAGAAUGGCGUUCAAUAUCAGAUGAGGUGAAGAAAGAGAUUGGAUUGGUUGUGAAUGAUGAUGGAGAAUUUUGGAUGGACUUCAAAGAUUACAGCGCAAAUUUCAACAGCCUUGAAAUCUGCCACCUGUCUCCGGAUUGCUUGGAAGAUAAAGAUCCGCUGACGGGGGAGCCAGUUAAGAAGUGGUGCGUGAACAGGCUGGAUGGAUGUUGGCGAAAGAAAUUGAAUGCUGGUGGCAGCCUAGAGUGUAGUCCAGGCAGCUUCUGGAUCAACCCUCAGUAUCAUUUCGAAGUGACGGAUAGUGAUGAAAAUGAUGACAAACAAGAAGGAACUGUCAUCAUCGCUCUAAUGCAGAAAGAUAGGCGUAGGCUGACAUCUGAAAAUCUUGAAUUACUGGCUAUUGGAUUCGUUGUUUAUAAGGUUUCGUUGGAAAAAAAUGAUUGUGUAAACCUAAUAGAUUGGUCUAGAGCAUACGUCUGCGAGAGAGAGAUUUGCGUAAGACUGAAGUUGGAGCCAGGACACUACUGUUUGAUCCCAUCGACGUUUGAUGUGGGAGAGGAGGGGGAUUUCCUUAUAAGGAUAUUCAGCGAGAAGCCCGUUCCAUCAGUACAAAUUGACGACAAGACAGCCAUCAAAAAAUGCGAUGACCUUGCAACCAUGUCCCUGAGACUUGCUUUUGAAAAAUUAACGGGUGUAGAAAAAGAAAUGAAUGUUUAUCAGUUUCAAAAUCUUCUCAAGUCAGUUUUCAAAAAUGGAGAGCAACAAUUUGAAGGAUUUUCAAUGGACACUUGCCAAAGUUUGCUGGCGUCCAAAGAUCGAGAUAUAUCUGGCAAACUAUCGUUCCACGAGUUGAAGUUACUUUGGGAUAACAUCAAAAUUUGGAAGGUCGCUUUUGAUGCUCAUGAUAGUGAUAAAAAUGGUUCUUUUAACAGUUAUGAACUGAGAAACGCUCUAUAUUAUUUGGGAAUAUCAGUAAGUCAGAACACAUUAAACGCAUUGCUGCAAAGAUUCAGUAGGAAUGAUGACAGAAUUCACCUUGAUGAAUUCAUGCACCUCAUGGCUAGAAUCACAAUCAUGUUCGGUCAGUCACUCAUAUGA